CAGGAGAGAUAAGGGACUAUCGUGGAUCCUCUGGGGAGCCUCAACAACCUCAUGAUGCUGACGAGGCAGAGAAGAGUCUCUCCAGAUCAGAACUCCUCAAGAAACACCUGCAGAGAUCCACAGGGAAGAUAACUCACUGCUGCUCUGACUGUGGGAAGAGAUUCACCUCCUCAGGCAUUAAAAUUCAUCAGAGAACACACACAGGAGAGAAACCUUAUAGCUGUGAUCAAUGUGGGAAGAGUUUUACUACAUCUAGCAAUCUGACUGUACACCAGAGAACACACACAGGAGAGAAACCUUAUAGCUGUGGUCAAUGUGGGAAGAGUUUUACUACAUCUAUCCAGCUGACAUUACACCAGAGAACACACACAGGAGAGAAACCUUAUAGCUGUGAUCAAUGUGGGAAGAGUUUUACUACAGCUGGUCAUCUGACUUUACACCAGAGAACACACACAGGAGAGAAACCUUAUAGCUGUGAUCAAUGUGGGAAGAGUUUUACUACAUCUGGCCAUCUGACUUUACACCAGAGAACACACACAGGAGAGAAACCUUAUAGCUGUGAUCAAUGUGGGAAGAGUUUUGGUAGAUCUGGCCAGCUGACAUCACACAAGAGAACACACACAGGAGAGAAACCUUAUAGCUGUGGUCAAUGUGGGAAGAGUUUUGGUAGAUCUGACCAGCUGACAUUACACCAGAGAACACACACAGGAGAGAAACCUUACAGCUGUGAUCAAUGUGGAAAGAGAUGUACUACAUCUGGCCAGCUGACAUUACACCAGAGAACACACACAGGAGAGAAACCUUAUAGCUGUGAUCAAUGUGGGAAGAGAUUUACUACAUCUAGCCAGCUGACAUUACACCAGAGGAUACACACAGGAGAGAAACCUUAUUGCUGUAAUCAAUGUGGGAAGAGUUUUACUCAGCUGAACAGCCUGAUAGUACACCAGCGGACACACACAGGAGAGAAACCUUUUAGCUGUGAUCUAUGUGGGAAGAGAUUUACUACAUCUAGCGCUCUUACUUCACACCAGAGAAUACACACAGGAGAGAAACCUUAUUGCUGUAAUCAAUGUGGGAAGAGUUUUACUGAAUCUAGCUCGCUGACUAAACACCAGAGAACACACACAGGAGAGAAAUCUUAUAGCUGUGAUCAAUGUGGGAAAAGUUUUACUGAAUCUAGCUCUCUGACUAAACACCAGAGAAUACACACAGGAGAGAAACCUUAUACCUGUAAUCAAUGUGGAAAGAGUUUUACUCACCUACAAAGCCUGAUAGUACACCAGCGGACACACACAGGAGAGAAAUCUUUUAGCUGUGGUCAAUGUGGGAAGAGAUUUACUACAUCUAGCGCUCUUACUUCACACCAGAGAAUACACACAGGAGAGAAACCUUAUUGCUGUAAUCAAUGUGGGAAGAGAUUUACUACAUCUAGCGCUCUUACUUCACACCAGAGAAUACACACAGGAGAGAAACCUUAUUGCUGUAAUCAAUGUGGGAAGAGUUUUACUGAAUCUAGCUCGCUGACUAAACACCAGAGAACACACACAGGAGAGAAACCUUAUAGCUGUGGUCAAUGUGGGAAGAGUUUUACUACAUCUAUCCAGCUGACAUUACACCAGAGAACACACACAGGAGAGAAACCUUAUAGCUGUGAUCAAUGUGGGAAGAGUUUUACUACAGCUGGCCAUCUGACUUUACACCAGAGAACACACACAGGAGAGAAACCUUAUAGCUGUGAUCAAUGUGGGAAGAGUUUUACUACAGCUGGCCAUCUGACUUUACACCAGAGAACACACACAGGAGAGAAACCUUAUAGCUGUGAUCAAUGUGGGAAGAGUUUUACUGCAUCUGGCCAUCUGACUUUACACCAGAGAACACACACAGGAGAGAAACCUUAUAGCUGUGAUCAAUGUGGGAAGGGUUUUGGUAGAUCUGGCCAGCUGACAUCACACAAGAGAACACACACAGGAGAGAAACCUUAUAGCUGUGGUCAAUGUGGGAAGAGUUUUGGUAGAUCUGACCAGCUGACAUUACACCAGAGAACACACACAGGAGAGAAACCUUAUAGCUGUGAUCAAUGUGGGAAGAGUUUUACUACAUCUGGCCAUCUGACUUUACACCAGAGAACACACACAGGAGAGAAACCUUAUAGCUGUGAUCAAUGUGGGAAGAGUUUUGGUAGAUCUGGCCAGCUGACAUCACACAAGAGAACACACACAGGAGAGAAACCUUAUUGCUGUAAUCAAUGUGGGAAGAGUUUUACUGAAUCUAGCUCUCUGACUAAACACCAGAGAACACACACAGGAGAGAAAUCUUAUAGCUGUGAUCAAUGUGGGAAGAGAUUUACUACAUCUAGCUCUCUGACUUCACACCAGAGAAAACACACAGGACAGAAACCUUAUAGCAGUAAUAAAUGUGGGAAGAUAUAGCUGUGACCAGAGAUAAUCUGAUAAAAGAUCUCGGAUUCAACAUCAGAAAAUACAUGUUAUAUAAUAAAUUGGUCUAUAAUCAGUUUUAUGAACAAUCCUACAUCACUCCAGUAUUUAUUGAAAACAUUCAAGUGCUAAUUGUCUUUAUUCCACUACUGAAGAAGCAUGACUCAAAUCACCUCAUACUUCAAACAUUCAGCCUGACAAAAGAUACAUGUUUUAUUAUUCCAUGCCUCACCCUUAAGUGAAGUAUUGCCAAUAUAUAUUAACAAAGGGGUGUACAUUUGGUUUUGAUUUUCAUAUUUACAAUUUAUGUAACAUUUAGUCAUAGUUAUUUAUGCAACCAGCUGACAAUUUUUGGGUACUAUUAUAUUGAAAUUGUUAUCCUGCUUUUAGAAUAUCAGGGAUCAUUCUCAGAUGUACCAACCCACAUGUACUAGAGCACAAGUGUCAAACUCAUUCCACGGGGGGCGAGUGUCUGCGGGUUUUCGCUCCUCCCUUGUACUUGAUUGAUGAAUUAACAUCACUAAUUAGUUAGGAACUCCCCACACCUGGUUGUCUAGGGCUUUAUUGAAAGGAAAAACCAAAAACCUGCAGACACUAGGCCCUCCGUGGAAUGACAUGACAUUGGGGACUGGGCCCCGAUCCAACAACAUGCCUAUCGAGUGAACCCUGAAAAGAGAGAGAAGCUCGGGAUAUUGCAGGAGCUCUUGAAAUCAGACAUGACUAAUACAAUUUGAUUUGAGUUUUGUCCAAGGCGAUGAGAGUUUUAGGAGGACGAGAGUUCUAGAAGCUGGUGAGUUUCAGGAUUCUAUAGAAAGUAAUUAUAUUUUUUUCAUUUAUGUUUUGAGGUUGGACUUUAGCACGUAUAGCUCGUCAGCACGUCCAGCUUGUCAGCACGUCUAGCUCGUUAGCAAGUAUAGCUCGUUAACACCAAUCAAUGAGCCCUACGUGCUAUCUCGUUAGUCAGUAUGUGUUACACCUGUGCUGGCUUGUCCAUCUCGUUAGUGGGAAGGUGUUUCACCUGAGCUGGUCCAGGUUCUAUUUAAGAGUGUCUGGCCCAGUGCUCCAGUUGUCUUGAUAGAUGUGGAGAGUCAACACCUUUAGUUGCUCCACCUUUUUGGUUUGCUUCCUGUCUUUAAGUUUGGUGUGUUUUUUUCUUUUGUUUGCCUCUUCUUGGGCAGAUUUAGUGGGUCUCAUGGUGGGUGACUUUUAGGUCCCAGUUGUUACCAGUCAAUUUUCAAUCGAUGCCCCGUAGUGUCUUUCAGAGCCCCUCCUAAAAAACUAGUUAUGUUUUGGGUUGGAUGUAGCAUUAUAUUGUUAAUAUUUGAAUCAAUGGCAUUUCCUUUGCAAUGCUCAUUAGUCUUUCCGUUGUUCUUCUUUUUUUAUCCUCAAUAUUUCAGUUUUUUUUCGUUGUUUUUUUUCUGAGAAGCCAUUGUGUUGCAUCCAUGUCUGAAAUGUGCUUAGGUCCCAGUUGUUGUUACUAGUCAAUUUACAGUGGACACCCUUAUAGUGCCUUUCAGAACCCUCCUAAAAAAACAAGCUAAUAUUUUGGGUGUGUUAUUGCAUCCAAUAAAUAUUUUAAUCAAUGGAAUUUCCUUAAAAUGUUCAUUAUUCUUCUGUAUGUGUACUAACUUUUUGAUUAUUUUCAUUGUCUUUUAUUUGUUUUUUUCUUGUUCCUGUUCCAUUCA